AUUGAGCCAAAAUGAAAUUUUACCCAGAUGCAGAUGUUUGGUUUUGUGUGGACAAGCCCGGUUGCUGGGGCAAGUACGUAAAAUAUGCACCACAUCACAGCUGGAAGCUGCCUAUCAGACCGUUCACGCCCAAAGUCAUGUAUCAUUGGCGUGACCAUGAGGGCGUUAAGAUGGCGGAGAUACACCGCAAGGAUCUCUAUUUUAAUAAGUGGCCCAAAUCAAGGAUACGGCCACAAGCCUGCCUGGGCAUGCUCUAUUCAACGGGUUAUCGUUUCAUUAAGCUUUGCAUGGCACCACCGGCUGGUUUCAAAUGUGCACCACUUCCAGUCAAUUUGGCCACAGCUCAUAUUGUUAAUGGGAAACUACGCAAAAUGAAGAAACAGGAAAGGCUUGCGAAAAAGAAGGCUAAAAAGGCGGCCAAAGAUGCAAAGAAAGCCGCUAAGCAGUAUAAAAAUAGGGGUGCUAAACGCGGAAGAUAAUAAUUUAUGUGAAUUGUUUAGAAAUCGUCAGCAGCCAAUAUAUGAUUAUUUGAUACAUA